AUUCGUAUUGAUUCUCAUUUGGGUGUAUUAUCGGUACAACAUCUGCAACAGUGUUCUGUUGAACAAUUCACUGGAUUGUAUGGUUACCGUAUAGAACCCUAGAAUUAGACACAGUUCCUCAUAGCCUGGAACCAGGCUUCCUGUUCUGGAGGCGAGGCAGCUUUGAAUAUGGCAGACUUACCUGGUUACUGCCGUGCCUGCUUGCAUACUGGAAAACUUGCUUUUUUGGCAAUUCUAGUUUCUGGAGGGAUUGUCUUGCAAAUUUUGUCUGAUUUAUUGUGUGCAUCAUGGCAGGCUUGUGCUUUGUACAAUAAUUGGUGGCCAAUGCUAACUGUAAUAAUGUAUGUGCUUCUUCCAAUGCCUUUGCUAUUCUUUGCUGGGUCCGAUAGUUAUUCUCUUAUAUCCGAAUCUGAUAAUAGUUGGGUCAAUGCAACCAAGUUCUUGACGGGAGCGUCAGCGAUUGGAAGCAUUGCUAUCCCAACUAUCCUGAAGCAUGCUGGUGUUAUCGGUUGGGGUGCGCUUGCAAUGGAACUUUCAUCCUUCUUUGUACUUGUGAUGGCUAUUAUGUGUUACAUUAGAAUGGGCGAGGAUGAUGAUUACAACAUGUUUUAAUAUUUCAAAAUGUCCCCACAUUUCUCCUCAUACCACUUAGAUUAUGAACAAUUAUGGAUAUCAAAAUUAUGAACAUGUAAUUGCCACUUAGAUUAUGGACAAUUAUGGACAUGUAAUGCUUCCGUUUAAUAUUUGACUCUCACUGAAAGCCUCAACUUGAUUUGUGGAAA